AUGGGAACCACACGGCUACAAUCCCGUGAACUAUCUAUCACUGGACACGAUCUCAAUUGGAAGCUUGUAACUAUCGAUGCCAAAUCAAUGAGUACAAUUGGAAACCUGUUUAUCAAAACAGGGAACCACACGGAUACAAUCUCCAGCCUACAUUCUCAUAUACUCAAUACUCAGAAGGAUGGAGAAAACAAGGAAACUAAAGGAAGGAGAGAGGGAAUUAAGGAGAAAAGGAGAGAUGGAGAAAAAAAAGAUAAAAAAGGAGAUAAGGAGAUAAGAAAAAGAGAAAAAAACGAAGGAAAGAAAGAAUGAAGGAAAGAAAGAACGAAGGGAAGAAAGAACGAAGGAAAGAAAGAACAAAGGGAAGAAAGAACGAAGGAAAUAAAGAACAAAGGGAAGAAAGAACGAAGGAAAGAAAGAACGAAGGAAAGAAAGAACAAAGGGAAGAAAGAACAAAGGAAAGAAAGAACAUAUGGGAAGAAAGAAUGA